CUUAAGAUUUCUGCAGUUCUGUUACCAGGAGUCCUCUGAGCCCCGGGAAGCUCUGGUGCAGCUUUGGGAACUUUGCCAUCAGUGGCUGAAGCCAGAGACCCACAGUUAGGAGCAGAUCCUGAGCAUCCUGCUGGAAGAACUCCAAGCCUGGGUACAGAUGUAUCAUCUGCAGAGUGGUGACAGGGCUGCGACAUUGCUGGAGAAUCUAGCCUCAGAACAUGGAGACACAGGGCAGCAGGCCACUUUCUAUGCUCAGGAACAGGACAUGCACCUAGUGAUGACAGAGUAUCAAGGAGCUUCUUUGGAGAUUCAGAGCCUCCAGUUCCUCCAGGCUUUUGAGAUCCUAAAGCCUACCCCCAAACAGGACACUUCUGAAGAAAUGGUACGAGAUGGGAAGAACUCAAGAAUACCCAACAGGAGGGGCCACCCACCCCAAGACUCCUGGGCCAGGAUGCACAUUACAUCCUUGCAGUAUGCAGCUGGAGACAUUACUCAGAAAGGAAAGGAAAGGGACAAAUCUCGAAUGAGCGAGCUGCUUCAAGGUCUCACAUUUUCUGAUGACUCAGAGGCCGAAGAAGACAGUGAGCCUGAGGGGCAGCCUCAGAGAAAGAAGCGAAAGGUGCCCAGUGUCCCCGAGAAGAGUUGGACUAAAAGAGACAUUAAGCCCAACUUUCCAACCUGGUCAGCACUGGAUUCUGGACUUUUGAAUCUCAAGAGUGAGAAGUUGAACCCAGUAGAGCUCUUUGAAUUAUUUUUUGAUGAUGAAACAUUCAACUUGAUUGUCAAUGAAACCAAUAAUUACUCUUCUCAGAAAAAUUUCAGCUUGGAGGUCACAGUGCAGGAGAUGCUGUGUGUGUUUGGUGUCCUGCUCUGGAGUGGAUUAGUAAGGCAUCCCAGGAAGGGAAUGUAUUGGGAAAUCUCUGAUUGUGAUCAGACCCUGGUUAGAAACGCAAUUAAAAGAGACAAAUUUGAGUUGAUUUUCUCUUACCUGCACUUUGCUGAUAAUAGCCACCUAGAUCAAAAAGAUAAGUUUUCAAAAUUGAGGCCUCUAAUAAAGCAAAUGAAUAAAAAUUUCCUCUUGCAUGCCCCCCCAGAAGAAUACUAUUGUUUUGACAAGUCAAUGUGUGAAUGUUUCGAUAGUGACCAAUUUCUGAAUGGAAAGCCUCUUAGAAUUGGCUAUAAAGUUUGGUGUGGUACAACCACACAAGAUUAUCUAGGUUGGUUUGAGCCACACCAAGAAGACUCAACUGUGGAAACAGAUAAGGAGCUGGACCUUGGGCUGGGUGGCAAUCUAAUAAUGAGUUUUGUGGAUGUUCUUUUGCAGAAAGGUCAUUAUCCCUAUCACCUGUGUUUUCAUAGCUUCUUUACAAGCAUUAAAUUGAUGUCAGCUUUGAAGAAGAAGGGAGUGAAGGCUACAGGAUCAAUUCAUGAAAGCAGGAUGGAAAAAUGUCCGCUUAUGAAUGUAGAACAUAUGAAAAAGAUGAACAGGAGGUAUUUUGAUUUCAGGGUGGAAGAAAAUGAUGAGAUAAUUUUAUGCCAUUGGCUUAGUGAUGGCUUUAUUAGUCUGUGCUCAAAUGCUGUAGGCAUGGAACCUACAUGUGAAGUAAAGUCAGUGAAGAACUAUAUUGCUGAUAAUGAGUUCCUUCAAGUCAGCCAACCAUUCAUAGUGAAAUUGGAUGAGGAAUUUGGGAAAGGUAUAGCUAAAAUGAAUCAAGUUAUUUCCAAAUAUAGGGUGGGAUUAAGACCUAAGAAAUGGUACUCAGCUUUGAUUAGUUACAUGAUCUAUGUAGCCAUGAGCAAUGUAUGGCAGCUGCGCAGAAUCUGUAACCCUGGCUCUCCUUUAGAUCUCUUGAGAUGCGUUGCAUAGUUUUACUUGGGACAUAAUGUUAAUCUGUUUGAAUAG